CGGGGGACCCCGAAGUUCCAGGGACGGAGGGAGAAAGGCGUGGGGUUCCCCGAAGUUCCGGACGCGGAGGCGGCGGGGAGGGUGCGGCGCGGCGAGCCCCGAAGUUGCAGGAUUGGCCGAGGCUGCGCUGGAGCCCCGAAGUUCCGGAGUCCCGGAGGGCGCCACGGGUGCAAGGGGUCUCCAGAGUCCCGCACCACUCCUUGGAGGAGGUGGCGACAGUGUUCCCGGAGGUCCCGAUUUGGGGCACGGGAGCAGGGCGGCCCCGAAAUUCCGGCGUUGGGAAGGUGGCAGGGUAACCCGAAGUUCAGGAGUUGGGGACUGCGCGGAGAAUCCCGAAGUUCUGUGUCUGGGGCGGGCGGAGGCAGGAGGGCGUCCCCGAGCUUCUGCAUCCGGAGCGGGAGCUGUUGUGGGGGCUCUCGGGAGCGCCCCCGGCGGCUCGCCCCCCCCCCCCCCCCCCGAGCUGGAGCCCCGCGCCUCGGAGGCGCAUGACGAGCCGGGGGGAUGUGGAUGGCCGAGCUGGUGUCAUUCCCGAGAGUCUGUGCUUGGUAACGCACGCUGUGUCCGCGCUAGACACUCACUCCCCGGCUCCUUGCAGGACGUAGCGGCAGCCUGGCCUUCCCUCCGCCCGGCCCAGCCUGACCAAUGUCCACAGCCAGGGAACAGCCCAUCUUCAGCACGCGGGCACAUGUGUUCCAGAUCGACCCAGCCACCAAGCGGAACUGGGUCCCCGCAUGCAAGCACCCUGUCACCGUCUCCUACUUCUACGAUGCAGCGCGCAGUGUCUACCGCAUCAUCAGCAUCGGAGGCGCCAAGGCCAUCAUCAACAGCACCAUCACCCCCAACAUGACCUUCACCAAAACCUCGCAGAAGUUUGGGCAGUGGGCGGACAGCCGCGCCAACACGGUCUACGGCCUCGGCUUCGCUUCCGAGCAGCACCUGACGCAGUUUGCUGAGAAGUUCCAGGAGGUGAAGGAGGCCGCCAAGCUAGCCCGGGAGAAGUCUCAGGAUGGGGGGGAGCUCACGAGUCCGGCCCUGGGGCUCCCAGCCCACCAGGUGCCCCCGAGUCCCUUAGUCAGUGCCAAUGGCCCUGGCGAUGAGAAGCUGUUCCGCAGCCAGAGCGCAGACGCCCCGGGCCCCGCGGAGCGCGAACGCCUCAAGAAGAUGCUGUCUGAGGGCUCGGUGGGCGAGAUGCAGUGGGAGGCCGAGUUCUUCGCGCUGCAGGACAGCAACAACAAGUUGGCUAGCGCCCUGCGAGAGGCCAACGUGGCCGCCGCCCAGUGGAGGCAGCAGCUGGAGGCCCAGCGCGCAGAGGCUGAGCGGCUGCGGCAGCGGGUGGCCGAGCUGGAGGCCCAGGCCGCUGCGGAGCCGCCGCCGGGGAGCGAGAAAGAAGGGCCAAGCCAGUCAUUGGAGCAGCUGGAAGUGCUGGUGCAGACCAAGGACCAGGAGAUCCAGACGUUGAAGAGCCAAACCGGGGGCUCGCGCGAGACCCCAGAUGCCACUGAGCGGGAGGAAAUGCAGCAGAAAAUGCAGGACCUGCAGGCGCGCAGCCUGGAGCUGGAGCACCAGCUGCGGGCCAUGGAGCGGCGGCUGGAGGAGACGCGGGCCGAGCGGGAGCAUGCGCGCGCCGAGGUGGGCCGGGCGGCGCAGCUGCUGGACGUGCGGCUCUUCGAGCUGAGCGAGCUGCGAGAGGGCCUGGCCCGCCUGGCCGAGGGCGCCCCGUGAUGGGCGGAAGCUGACUACGCCUGUACCGUACCCAGGAGGCGCAGGGGCUGGUUCUGCGUUUGCUUCCAACGUGCAAUGUCUAAACCCGGUGACCCAAGGGGCCCAGAUUACAUUUCUAAGAGUG